AUGGAUGGCUCACCAUCUGCCGCGCUGCUAGAGCUGGUGCCCGUUGCCGAUGAAGUAGUUGAGGAUGUUGAUGAUGGCGUUGUGGUCGAGCUGCCAUCUGAGGUGUUAGAUGGCCCGGGAUCCGAUGAGGAUUGGGUCUCUGCUGCUGCCGUUGUCGUUGGUGCCGUUGAGGACGGUAUUGUCGAUGGUGUCGUGGUCUCGGCUGAAGCGCUUGUGGUCGAGAUAUCGCUAGAAGUGCUCGUCACAGCUGAACUAGACACCUGGGAUGACUCCGGAGAGGAGGAAGUUGCCGUGACCAAAUAUGACGGACUUCCUGUGAAGGUUGUCCAGGACACGCCGAUGAUAGUCUGCGCAAGACCAGCCUCGACAUAG